ACACAGACGUUUGGCAAGACUAUGGCCGACUUUUUAAAAGGUUUGCCGUCACAUGAUGAGAAUAAUUUCACCAAAUAUCACACAGAUGCUAGUUGUAAAUCUAGUAUAAGAAAGCCUACAGUUUAUAUUUCAACAAAAGAUUAUCCUUCAGAACAAGUAAUAACAACUGAAAAAACAAAUAUACUUCUUCGAUACCUACACCAGCAAUGGGACAAAAAGAAUUCCAAUAAAAAGAGAGAUUCCAGUAAAGCCAGUUUAGAUAGUUCGGAAACCUCAUCAAAAAUGCCAAGACUAGGUGACGAUGAUGCAUCAUAAUUACUGUUUAUUUUAUGUAAAUUGUGUUCAAAUGGUGAUUUCUACUGAAUGUACGGAAGUUUUAAAGGUGCUGAAGAUGGAUAAGUGUUGUCAAGUGGAUGAAUUCCUAGGAAUAUUGAGACAAUACUGAUUAUUGAACUUUCAUUGUAAAAAAUUAUCAAAACAUUAUGUGAUAAAAUACACAUAAGGCUAUUUUAGAGUGAGUGAUGAGGGCUGUUCCAGAAUAAAAUGCAAGGGGCAUGGGAGGCACCUUUUGAAGUCCUCAACCACUAAUAAUAUAAAUUUUUAUUAAACUUAUAAUAAUUCAUACAAAAUUCUAAGGGAAAUGCACAUUAAUUUGAUUUCCUGCAUCUUCCCCACCAAAUUUGAUUUUGGAACAGCCCUAGCAAUGAUACCUGUUGAUUCACUGUGAAAUAUAUCUCUAUAAAUGUAAUAAAUAAAUACCAAUAAAAGGGUUGUAAACAACAAUCACUUUUUAAUUGUCAAUUAAUCAACACCAUUACACGUAUUGAUGUAGAACUGAUUUAAUAACUGAAAUACUUUCUAUGUAUUGUAUAUGUACUUUUCCUCAACUUUGGAAGUUAUAUGUAUUGUAUAUGUACUUUUCCUCAACUUUGGAAGUUAUAUGUAUUGUAUAUGUACUUUUCCUCAACUUUGGAAGUUAUAUGUAUUGUAUAUGUAUUUUUUCCUCAACUUUGGUAGUUAUAAAAAGCUGAAAAAAAUUAACACAAUUGUUCAAAGUCGAAAUCCCACACUAUGAUAUGAUAAAUAAAACAUUUUGUCUACAUACCCUAGAUACUUUUAAGAGAAUGUAAUAGGAACCACAUGUAUAUUUUAUUUUGGCAUUGAAAAAAUUUAACAUUGGAGAGUUGUCUCAUUGGCACUCAUACCACAUCUUCUUAUAUCUAUUGAAUGAGACCACCUGUAAUUAAAUGUACACAAUUUAUUUCAAUUUUCUCUAUGUAGCAGUAAGAUGACAUUAAUUUUAUGAUUUUCAUUGCAAUGAUUAUGUAAGAAUGUCUGUUGAGCAAUAGAUGUUUAUGGUGACCUCAUAUUUUAUUUUUUUUUAAACGGAAAGUCUUAUUGAAACUGUAUUAUUGAAAAUGGUGGUUUGCAUUAAACCCUUUAUUGAUGAAAAAAAAGAAAACAAAUUUUUAUAGUUGAAUUCAAAACUAAGACUAAUUUUAAGCAUCAAAUUGAAUAGAGUUAAUGGUACACUAUAAAUGGUUAAACAUUAUAUAUAUGAAUAUUGUCAGAAAAAAAUCAAAUACAUGAAUUACCUCCCAAGGCCAAGUAUAGUUGGUUGUGUGUCUUUAGAAUGGAGAUUGAAGUACUUUUGAAUAAUUACAUUACUUGUAUGUUUCAUGAGAAUCCGUUAGUUUGAUUGGGUAACAACAAUCAUGCAUCAUUCAAAAAUUAACCUUCAUAUCAAAAUGAAAUGUUACAUUCGUGAUGACACGUGCUUCUACAAAAAAGUGCACAGGUAAAUAAAAGAAAAACUUGAUAAAACUUUUUUGUAUGGUCUAAUUAGCAUAAAAAUCGUGCACACAUUUUUAGAAUGAAGCGCUUCUGCACUUCAUACAAAAUGUGCUUCGAUCAACGCUUUUACAACCCAAUAAAAUUACAAAAAAAAGCAUUCAUUUCUUAAUUGAACCAAUGGUUCUAUAGAAAUGGUAAAAAAUUAUCAUAUUAGUAUUAUAUAAACUUCAAUUUGAAUAAAACAAGAAAAAUAAACUUUUAUGAUAGUGCUUUAGAUGUUGUGUUUAAACUUUUAAUUAUAGUGUAUAUAUUGUAUAUUUUAUGUAAUAUUGUAUAUAUAGUAUCACAAUAAUAGAAUUGGUUGGUAAGAAUGAAGUUAGGUGUAUUUAUACAUGUGUCAUAUGAUAAUGGUGAUAUAACAGUUAGUUAUGUUUUAUUUAUGUUAGAGGAAUAACAUAUUUUAAAAAUUUUGUAUUUAAAGUACAACUUCUAUACAUGUACAUGUAGUUAACAUUUUGUCAUAUCAUCAAAUUAGUUUCUCAAUUUUUAGUAUAAGUAAUUUCAAUCUGAAUCUGAAUAUUGUGUCUCAGUGCAAAUGUAUUAAUUAAUACCUACUCUGAUAAAUUAAGUCCAGUAAAUGUAUUAUUACUGGGUACAUUGUGAUUUUUCCAAACUAAUUGACAAAGUGCAGAAAUAAGCUUUCACGUUCCCUACUUUUUAAAAUUUAAUGAAAUGAUUUUUUUUGUAUAAAAUAAGAUAAAUUUCUUAGUUAUGAAUAUCAAUAAAGCAUAAUAGGUUGGCAGCUGCUUCUUUAUAAACGAAAAAAUGUAUAAAUAAAUUUGCCAUUUUCACAUUUUGUCUUGAAUAAAAUUGAAAGAACUAAAAAUUACAUCUCCAACCAAUUUUUGGAACAGAAUUUAAAGGAUUUUGAAAAUAGUUAGGAAGGUUUAAGUGCACAUUUUCUUUAGUAGUUUGGGACUUUCCCAAAAAAAAAACAUCAACUAGAAUUUCAACUUUUUUGUUGUGAAAUUUAUGUGAAGAUGUGUUGGAAUUGAUAACCAAGUAAUUUCUUCAGUUUUUCACACCAAAUUUUGGGAACUUCAAAUGAUAUUAUGUUAUGCUAGCUAGGUUGUGUAUUGAAUUUUUUCACUAUAGUGAUGUUAAGCCCAACAAUUAUAACACAAUAUAAAACCUCAUUAAAUGUCCUUCCUGUCUCCUGUAAGUUUUAUCCCAAAUCUUCAGUAGUAAUAUUCAUACCAUAAUGAUACUAACUAUAUGCUGCUACUUAAAGUAGCUGAGAAAGUCCUAAGUUGUCCUAUAAAUUCUGAUGUACAUUCUGACCACUAGAGCAGUUAUAGUACUGUAUAAAUACUGUAAACAACUUGUUUUAACUGUCAGAAGAAAUAAUUGUUUUGAUCUAUAAGCCAAAGAAAUGAUUGUUUUGUUCUAUAAACUGAAGAAAAAUUCACAUUUAAACACACUAAUAUAGUUUACAUUAUAGUUUUACUAGUAAAUUAUAUCAAAUACAUAUUACUCCUUUAAAAUGCUAAUAAAGUACUCCGAAACAGAACUGUGUACUACUUAGUCCAGUAAAUGACAAUUUUUUUUUAAAUAACAGCAUGUAAUACUGGUACACAAAUAUUCAGCAUGGUGAGUAAUUUUUUUUAUGCCCCCGCCUUAGCAGAGGCGGCAUUAAGUUUUACCCUUGUCCGUCUGUACGGUCGUACGUCCCAAAAUUGGUUUCUGUUCUCUAACUUGAGUUUGCCUCAACCAAAGGUUAUGAAACUUAUACACAAUGCUAAUUACCACAUCAACUUUGAAUUUUGGUAGCAUCACUCUAACCGUUCUAGAGUUAUGCCCCUUUAUAAAUUGAAAAAUUACAAAAUUUUUAGUUUCCAUUCUCUAACUUAAGUUUGCCUCAACCAAAUGUUAUGAAACUUAUACACAAUGCUUAUUACCACAAAAUACAGAUCAAAAUUGAAUUUUGGUAGUGUCACUCUAACCGUUCUAGAGUUAUGUCCCUUCAUAAUUGGAAAAAUAGCAAAAUUUUUAGUUUCCGUUCUCUAACUUAAGUUUGCCUCAACCAAAUGUAAUGAAACAUAUACACAAUGCUUAUUACCACAAAAUAAAGAUCAAGUUUGAAUUUUGGUGGGGUCACUUUAACCAUUCUCGAGUUAUUCCCCUUUAUAAAUGGAAAAAUUGCAAAAUGUUUUGUUUCCGUUCUCUAACUUGAGUUUGCCUCAACCAAAUUUUAUGAAACAUAUACACAAUGCUUAUUACCACAAAAUAAAGAUCAAGUUUGAAUUUUGGUGGGGUCACUUUAACCAUUCUCGAGUUAUGCCCCUUUAUAAAUGGGAAAAAAUGCAUUAUUUUUAGUUUCCGUUCUCUUACUUAAGUUGCCUCAACCAAAUGUUAUGAAACUUAUACACAAUGCUUAUUACCACAAAACACAGAUCAAGUUGAAUUUUGGUAGCGUCACUUUAAUCAUUAUCGAGUUAUGCCCCUUUAUAAAUUGAAAAAUUGCAAAAUUUUUAGUUUCCGUUCUGUAACUUAAGUUUGCCCCAACCAAACAUUAUGAAACCUAUACACAAUACUUAUUACCUUAAAACUCAGAUCAAGUACAAAUUUGGGUAGCGUCACUUUUAUUGUUCUUGAGUUAUGUCCCUUUAUAAUGUUGUAUGCAAGCGGGGGCAUCGUCUGUGUCCAUGGGGAAACAUUCUCCAUUUAUUAAAUGAUGAAAUGCUUUUUUAUUUCAAGAGUUAUUUUAUAUAAAGGUAUAUAUGAAAUCCAUGAAAUACUAUGUUAUGUAUUUGUAUCAAUGAAACAGGAAACUCGUAUAAAAUAUGCAAGGUAAUGAAGUACAUCUCAAUUUGAAUAAAGUUUAAUAACAUUAAGGUUCCUAGUUUUGGUUUAUAACUUAAUAGAAUGGAAAAAAAUUGGCUUGAAAAGUAAAUAAGAUUAAGGUUGUUCUUUUAAGAAAUUUAACUCCAAUAUGAGCUUCUACAUAACAGUUUCAUUGCAGAUAUUUUUUUGUAAUGAGAACAAAAAGUUUGGACACAAAUUUGAAAGUGUACAACUGAAGAAAAUUGAUGUAAUAAACUGCAAUUUUUAGUCCAUCUAAUAAAAGUAGUGUAAUUAUAUGAUAUUGUUUAGUGAUGUACCUGUUUUAUCAACUGAUUGUUAAAACAAAAUUUUCAAUCAUUAUUGUUAUUGUUUCAUAUAUAUGUUCAAUGAGGAGAGUAAUUGUUGUGGAAUUAGUGGAUGGCUUUUGUAUGCAAAGCAGGAAAGCUUUACUUCUGGUAGCAUGACAUACAUGUAUAUAAUUCAAUAAAAAUGUUAACACUUUUUUAA